GUAAAACUAAAAAAAAAAAUAAUAUAAAAAUAACAAGAUACGCUUUUUAAUGUCCAAAACAAUUAUAGUGAUAUCAAAAUAUAUCAAAGACUGGCAUGAUGAGCGAUCUUGAGGAAAUGGACAGUGAGCGAUUGAAUGAGCUGGAAUCAAUUCUUUAUGCGUCCAUACACUACAAUGAUGCAACCAGCGAACAGCAGCAACCACAUACGACACUGGACAUGGACAUGGACGCACAGAGUAUGCCACCACCGCCUCAGCAAAAGGAACAACAAAAACAACAGCACCGCAUUGUCAGCGGCAAGCGUGUGAUCAACAAUGCGGUAGCAAAACCCCGUUACUGGGAAGAAGCCAAAAGUGAAGCUGUAACGCAUAACGAUGCCUCAAAAUCAAAGACAAGCGCGCCUGUUGAAUCUGCCACAUCAGAGGAGCCCCGAUCCACUGCGGAGCAGGAUAAGCCUGUUGCGCCACCCGCUGCUGCUGCUCACGCCUUGCCAAAGAAGGUGAACGGUCCCAAAAAGCCUGCUCCACAGUCGAAACAGCCCAAAGGUCUCAAUCCAGUCCAGCAGCUGCUGCAGCAACAACAACAAAUGCGUCAACCACCAAAGAUGCAGCAGCAGCAGCAGCCGCAGAAGAAACAGCCACAAGUACAAAAACCACCGAAACCGCAUUCAACCUCAAAUACAAAUGCGAAUGAUUACGAUGAACCGGAACGUUUUGAUCAACGCCUGCUGGUGGCCAUACCACCAAAUUGGUCGAAAGUGAAACGUGAGCCAGGUCCGUUUGGCAAGGCCAGUCGCAAGCUGGAGCAGUUCCAGCGUCUGGCAGAGAAGCGACAAAAGUCCAAGCGCGUGCAGACCAACAAGAAACUGAAGCCAAACUCGGAGGGCCAGCCCUUGGAACUUAUCGAUCUCGUGGACAGUGAGAAAUCCUCGGAUGCGGAUGACGUGAUGAUUGUGCCGUUGCCGCCGGUGCCCAUCAUAGACGUGGACGCCAGCGACGACGAGGAGCAGCAGCAGCAGCAGCCGACCACACAGCAUUAUCUGGAGGAGAACGCCAUGGAUGCGGCCGAUGUUAGUCUGGGCGGUGAGUGCGCCACAGAGCAGUUGUCCAUGGCGCCGCAGCUGCACUCGCCCUGCAGCUCGGUGCUGUCCAGCGAUGAUUUUAUUGUGCAAAAUGAUACCCGCCGCCUGCUGGCCGAACGGGCACGUGCCACGGACGAGGAUCUUCUGGUAUUGACGGAAAAUGCCAUCAGAGAGGCUGCCGAGCCGGCCGGCCAAGCGGAGCGGGAGCAGGCGGCAGACACCUCAUCCGAAUACGAAUUCGUGCCGCCAUCCAGGCUCGAAGAGAUCAAGCAAAACUAUCGCGUGGAUGAGCAACAAUUCCGCGCACUUGAUGUCUACGAGAGCGAAUCAGAUCUCACCGAGAGCGGCGUCUACUGCAAGGCCAAGCAGAAGGUUGUGCCCACAAUUAUACGCAACGUCGACUCCGAGUCGGAUACAACGGACGUGGAGCAGGUCGUGGAGGUCACUGUGAACAAAACGAAGCGUCUGCGCAAGCGACGCGCCUCGAGCACCAACCAAAGCCAAUCUGAUCCGAACAAUGAGUGCGAUAAGGAUGACGACGACACGGACAGCGAUGAUGCUGGUGUCCAGGCAACGGGCGUGCCGGGCAUAGCCCGUGGCAUGGCUGUGGAGCGCUGCAAGCGUAAGAUUCGACGAAUCAGUCAAAGGCGCAGCUCAGAUAGUGCCGUUCCAGCGGAUGCUAAGAGAGCGCCCGUGCAGGAGGAAGCCAGCUCGGAGUCCGGGGCUGAAGAAUCUCUGCCCACGGCACGACAAAUUGCCGAGCGACUGCUGCAGCAGGAGCAGGAAAAGGAGCACCCGCCGGAACAGCAACAGCAGCAGUCGCUAGAGACUCAGCCGCAGCUGGCUUGUGAGAGCGAUGAGGCAAUGGACAGCAUUGGCUCCGACGCGAACACUGAGGAUGAGGCUGAGAUGAAUGAUGCCAUGACGGAGCGCAUAAGCGCAGUCUUCAAGCGCAUUGACAAGAAUACAAGACGCGCCAAAGCCAAGCAGAGUUCUCCGGAUAACAGACAGCAGCAGGUGGUCAGCACCACGGAUCCGGAACAAGAGACAGAGCUGGACUUGCAAGCGGCGGAUGCUGAAGCUGAAGUGAAUAGCAUGGAUCUGCAGCCAGAGACAGAACCAGAACCAGAACUAGCUUUGGUGCAAGUGGAGCACAACAUGGCGGGGCUCAAGGAAAAGCUGCGCGGCGGAGACUUGGUUGGUUGGAAUGAUGAAAUGUGUCGCUUCUACAAUGACAGCUGGCAUGGCGAGAAUAUUAGCUUACAUAAGAUACUAAAAGCCAUGUCAGGACAACGCAGCGAUUGGCGCAUAGUAAAUGCAGAUCGUUUUCCUGUGAUGCGCAAACGCUCGAAUCUGAAGUGCACCAACUGCUUUGAAAUGGGCCACAUGCGCUCGAAGUGCCCGCGUCCACGCAAGCCCGUCGUUUGCUACACCUGCGGCAUGACAGGUCACGCCGAACCGCGCUGCCCGAACGCCAUCUGCCUGGGGUGCGGCGCCAAACAGUCAAUGUAUGUGCAGAAGUGCAACAAAUGCUCGUUUCACAGUCGCAUGGUCUGCCAGUUGUGCAAGAUGCGUGGCCACAGCACCGACAUGUGUCCCGACAAGUGGCGUCGCUAUCACUCCACCACCCGCACCAAUGCACAUUUGGAGAGCAAUGUGCAGUAUCGUGUCAAGCACUGCAGCUAUUGCUCGUCGCGCGGUCAUCUGUUUGAGGAGUGUCGUCAUCGCAUUGGAGAGUAUCGCAAUACGAACUACACCAGUCGCAUUAUAUCGCAUCAGAAGGUCUACAAGGAUCGCAGUGGACCUAUUAGCUAUCUGACAGAUCUGCGCUCCUUCUUUGACAUCGAUACGCCUUUUCAUUUCAAUUGGAGCUCGGAGUUUUCAAGGAACAGCUGCUAUGCGCGUUUUCUCAAAGCAGUUGGCUUGGCUCGACCCGUAGACAAGCGCAAGAAGUUCGCUCCAACGAUGCACCUGAAAGUCUACACGAAUGACUAUGUGCCCAAUCCACAGGCAAGAGCCGCGCGUGGCACAGCACCAGCUACUUCGACUGUGACAAUCGAGGAGCCGCCAGCGGAGCCUGCUGAAGAGCCAGCAGCUGCUACAGUUGCAGAACCCGUGCAGAUACAGCAGGAGGAGAUUAGCAGCAAUUAUCAGAGCAAGCCCAAAGCAGCUAAAGCGGCCAACAGACCCAGCAGCAAGUUGAGCACAGCAGCUAGCAGAUCCACAGUUACACCACACGACUUGGACUCUGAUUCGAAUUACAGCUUCUCGGAGCACUUUGAAGUGCCAAGCUCGACGACAACAUCAAAUGAAGCUGAGCACGUGCAGGCGCAGACGAAAACUGGACCCCUGGAAAAUCUGCCCGAUAUUAUACCUCUCAGCUCGGCUGGCGAUGGAGAUGGGGAUGGAGAUGAGGCUGGGGAUGGGGAUGGCGGCGACAUAAGCAACAGCAGCCAAGGCAUUUCCAUGUGCGUAAAUAGCAAGGCGCCAUCGUCAUCAGCAACAUCCGCGACCAACGAAUCGGAGGGCUUGCCAGAUCUGCCGUCGGAGGCUAAGAUUCUGAUGGCACGCGAUCAAACCGAAUAUCUGUUCAGUCCAGAGGGUCGCGAGUUCCUAACGGCUUCGGCCAAACAGUGUAAUGUGAAUGUGCGCAUGGAUUUCAAGGAAUACGGCUACGUGUUGGUCAUUUACGGUUUGAAAAAGAACCAGGAGGAUUUGCAGCUGAUGCUGUUGCGUCGCAAUCAGGAUGUCAAGCGCAAGAGCAGCGAAUUCCAAAGCCAAAAACCGCCCAAGCGCAUCGAUGUGCUCAUACGCUUCAUGCGCGAUGGCAUCAAUAGCUUAACGGGCGAUCUUGGCAAUGCCAAAAGCCAUUAUUUUCGCAUCAAGGAGUUGGAGCAAAUGAAUACCAAAAACGGCUACAAACUGGCCGAACGCAAGCGGCGUCUGCUCAACAUGAUAUUAUUCGGACAGGCGGGUCUCUGCAAUGGCAACAUGCAUCUCGAUCAGUUGCUGAUCAUACUCAAGCGUCUGCUGGAGGAGCAUGCUGCCGAUGACAAUGCCUCGCCCGCGCUGCGCAAUGAAAUCGAGGAGCACUGGCGCAUCAUUUUCAGUCCCUUUCCGCAUCCCAACUAUGAAGCGCUGCUGCAGAGCUACGGCAAGCUGGAUGUCAAGAAUCGCAUGUCUACGCUCAAUAUAGAGCCGGCGCUGCUGGGUCAGCAAAUCGCCUACAAGCCGCCGCCGGCUGGGCAGAAGCGCACAGAACGCAUGACGUCGCCGCCGCCGCCUGCAUGGGCACAUGACGCUAACAAGAAUCGUUCGCCCAAGCAACGUGCUUUGCUGCAAGCCAAAUGGUCGGAUCAGUCGCAGCAACCGCCGCCGCCGCCAGUUUGGAAACAUGAUGAGCGAGCACAGGUCACGUCCGCCGGACAACAGCAACAGCAGCAGCAGCAACCACACAACAAUCGCACACCAAAGCCACGCACACAACCGCAGGCCAAGUUCGCUGGACAGCAGAAACGGCCGCUGCCGCCCAUUUGGCAGCACGGGGAUCAACACAACAACAGCAACAACAACAAUCACAACAACAACAACCACAACAGACAAAGGCCGGGUAAGCAGCAGCGCUUACAGCCAUAUGCCAGAUUGCCAGGUCCAGUCCAGCAGCAGCAGCAGCAGCACCAACAGCAGCUGCCCUGCAACAAUAUGCAGCAACGUGCACCCGCCAAGUUGCAGCUGCAACUGCAACGCAAUCGUCCGCUGCAGUCGGAAUGCUUUCGUUUGCUGGCUGGCAUGGAGCGUGGGGAUGCGCGCAUCAAUACGGAUGCCUCGAAGCCGUCCAUGUUUUGGUCGCGUGAAUCGCUCAAAUAUCUGGACGAACUGUUCAAGCUGACGGCCAAUGGGGAGACCUUGGAGCGACUGCAGCGCGUGCUGGAGCGUUCGCGACGCGGUCAGCUGUCGCAUAAUGACUACCGCGCUGUGAUACGGCUGCACUCGCUAAUGGAGCCCAAUUACAAUUAAUUAGUUUAGUUUAAGAGAUGAGCUUAACAAAUGGAUUCAAUCGCAUGGGUAUGUCAAGGAUAUUACCCAAAUACCGAAUAAAAGAACUUUGGACUUUCAGUUUAACUAAUGUAAUAAUGCACUUAAAGUUUAUUUAUUCUUUGGUUGUGAAACAUAAAUUAUGCUAAGAUUAUUAAUACAAAUAGUUAAUACAGCAUCAUGUUGGCAGUUUCCA